AUGAAUGGUGGAAUAAUGAACUACAUGGAUCAAUUACAAAUUUUAUUAUUUCGUAUGUACUCGCUGAUACUGCCUACAUUAAUCUAUAUCAUUUAUAUAACGUGCACCACUAGAAAGAAAGCAGGAAAAUCAAGGCUGGUAGAUCCCUGCGAGAUCGCCGAAUCAUGUACAGAAGGCAGUAUCCGAGCCGUGGACCCAACACCACCAGGGUAA